UUUUCAUUUAUUUCGCUUCCUGGCGCAUUUCUGCCUCUUCCCCCAUGAUGGAGUUCAGGCCUCGGGUAGUGCGAUAGACUCGUUACCCUUCUAUACUUAUACUAAAGAUUCAGGUAUAAGCCGCUCAUCAUGGCGCGCAUGCCUGUGAUUGGUCGACUGUUUUGGUUUGAAUAUCUGGCUCUGUUCGCUUCUUUGGUUCUGGUAUUGCUGGAAUGGAUCAUACAUAUUAUUACAUUUUGUCUUCCUGAAACGGUAAUCAAGUUCUUUUACGACCGGUCGAAAACCAUCUUCAACCUAUUUAUAACUCCUGAGGAUGAAGGCAAGCGCAGUAAAGAAGAACGGAUCGCCGCCGCAGUCGCACAGGCCUCCGACUUUGUAGAUAUAUGCGCUUUGUUCGGUUAUCAGACUGAGGAGCAUAUUGUCCAGACCGGCGAUGGCUACUUGCUCGGCCUCCACCGCUUGGCCUACCGGAGAGGCGAGGAGAAGAUGCGCGUCAAUCAAGGAAAAGGGGGCGUUCGGAAGAAGGUCGUCUUCCUCCACCAUGGGCUCAUGAUGUGCAGUGAGGUUUGGGUAUGUUUGUCAGAAGAACAACGGUGUCUUCCCUUUCAAUUAGUGGAAAGGGGCUAUGACGUGUGGUUUGGAAACAAUCGCGGCAACAAGUACUCGAAGAAGUCCGUGCGGUUUUCGCCCGGGUCUAACGAGUUCUGGGACUUCUCCAUCGAUCAGUUUGCGUUUCACGAUAUUCCCGACAGCAUAAAUUAUAUUCUGGAAGUCACGGGCCAGCCUUCUCUGUCGUAUGUUGGGUUCUCGCAGGGCACCGCCCAAGCCUUCGCGACACUCUCUAUCCACCCGCUGCUGAACCAGAAGGUCGAUGUUUUCGUGGCUCUUGCGCCCGCAAUGGCGCCUACGGGCUUGCCAAACCAUUUCGUUGACUCACUGAUGAAGGCCUCACCGAAUUUCUUGUUCCUUCUCUUCGGCCGACGUAGCAUCCUCAGUUCGACAACGAUGUGGCAGACGGUCCUCUACCCGCCUAUCUUCGUUCAAAUCAUCGACAAGUGCCUUGACGGACUCUUCAAUUGGAAAUGCCGGAACAUCAGUCGCUGGCAAAAGCUAGCGGGAUACCUACAUCUAUUCUCCUUCACCAGCACCAAAUCCGUAGUUCAUUGGUUUCAGAUCAUCCGACACAAAAAUUUUCAAUUCUACGACGACGAGAUUCACGCCCCCUUCAGCGUUGUCGCUAGCGAGCGAUUUUACAAGCCGGUCAAGUACCCUACCAAGAACAUCAAGACGCCCAUUGUGCUACUGUACGGAGGCAAUGACAGCCUCGUGGAUAUUAACGUGAUGCUGAAGGAGCUGCCACGCGGGACCACGGCCAAGAUCAUCCCGAAGUACGAACAUCUUGAUUUCUUGUGGGCGGUGGACGUAGAGCAACAGGUGUUCAGCCAUGUCUUCGAGGCUCUCGAACGGUACAGCGGCAUCAGCCAGCUUGAGGCGGCGAUGACGGGCCUGAUUAACGGAGAUGCGGGGCAUGCGAUCGCGAUUUAGGGGAUAGAGAUGCAUUAGAUAGCAUGAGUUAUGAUUCGUGCAAAGUAUAUACCGGCGCGUAUCCGGACUGAGGUUGGUUUGUCUAUAAUGGUGUAUGUUAAUACCUUCACGUUAGCGCUCAUACCUCCUUUUUGGUUCUCCUUUUCUUUCUUCGUUCCUGAACACAUAUGGUGACCGCCAUGGGCCGUUUGUCGUACAGCCCGUAAGUCGAGGCUGCUAUAGUAUCUCAUAUUAUGAUAUCAUCCACACAAUAGAAGUAGGCCAUGACCAGUCGCACGCCGGUCGACCUCGCUUGACACACAGUGUGUGGGCCGUCGAAUGUGAUACAUUGAUUUCAGGUCGAACUGACGUGCUGGCAUUCAUUUAGACUACUGGUCAGAGCCAACGCCCCCUUCUCAUAUCACGUUACAUAUGUCGUUGAGUUUGCCUCCUGGAAAUGCUUCCCGUUGGACCUAUCGACCGGUCCAUCACAUGGACACUGCGUCGUACUUCUUGCGCCCCAUCGUCGCCCCCUGGAUGUCCCAGUCAAGAGUCUGGCCAUUGGUUUGUUUGGUGCCUGACAGCGUACGGUGGCCCAGUCUUUGGACCGGAUCCCGUUCCACUCAUCCGGGAGGAAGGAAAGGUGGGUUUCUUUUUUUGGUGUAGGAGAGCCGAGGGGUUGGAAACAA